UUCACUUCUGACUUGUUUCUCCCAGAAGUUGAAUGUGUAAAUAUCCUUUAGACUUUGCCGAUGGUUUGCGGAUGGAUGGAGCUGAUUUAUUUUAUGGCAAUUACAAUUCGCCGUCGCGACGUGACAGCAUGAUGCGCACUGUGUUGUUCCUGACGGCAGUUCUUCACCGUACGGAUGUAGAUGCUCUCCGGGUGAUUGGCGGAAAUGCGACAGUGGUUCAAGGAGGUACCGCUAUCUUACCGUGCCACGUCAUUGAUACCAAUGAUGACCUGACACAGAUUACCUGGCAGAGGAGGACUAGAGGAAAACCUGACAAUGACAAUUUUUAUACUAUCAUACCCAAAGAUGGACCAUUGUUUGUCAAUGGGCAUGAUCAUCGAUUUAAAUAUAUUGGGAAUUUUAAUGCCAAAAACGCCACACUCCAGUUAUCCAAUGUUACCCUGAAGGAUGAAGGCAGCUACACGUGCAUCUUCACCUUGUUUCCCAGUGGAAAUCAGAAGACUGAGAUUCCUCUAAAAGUAUUUGUGCCUCCUUCCACAAGCGUGGAGGACAAUCUUCCCACUUUGGGUACAGAAGAGGUUUUAUUUGCUACCUGCACGGCUGCUGGCUCGAGGCCUCCUGCAGAGGUGAGGUGGCUCACUGGUACUUUGGCAGAAAAAGUGAGGACGACGACAAACUCCACCCAGUACGACAACGGUACGACCACCACAGUCAGCUCUCUGUUUGGCGUACCUACGAGAGAGAUUAACCGUCACCUGGUCCAGUGUGUCAUCAGCGGUGACUCCCUGUCUACAGAAGUAACCCUGCCCUUCACCAUACAGGUCUACUUCUCUCCCACAAACGUGAACAUUAAAAAGAUUUCAGAGGACUCAUUUGAGUGCGUGACAGAAGCCAACCCAAAUGCAGAAUUUACCUGGAGCAGAUCUGGCCAGUCUCUGCUGCCGUCUGCUGUCAAAGAUGAGGGUGCAAAGCUACAACUGCUGAGUCUGACCUCUGACCUAAAUGGCCUCUAUCAGUGCGAAGCAUCUAAUACAUAUGGAAGAAAACACACUGAGCUCUAUGUGCAUGUGGCACCAGGAUCAUGUUCUGCUGCUUGGGCCUUAUUUGGUGUUUUGCUUUCCCUGAAUGUUGUUGGGACUGCAGCAUGGUACCUUUAUAAAUCUGGACGUUUUCAAAGUUUGAUGGGUUUGUGGCAGAGUGCCCCAAGAAAUGAACAAGAUAGUGACAGAGCAGAGCAGGAAGUACAACAGGAAGAGCAAUCUUCUCUGACAGCUGUGGCAGCAAAAGAUGGACAUUUGGACUGAAGGCUCCACCAACAGUCAGCUGGUUAACAAACAGAUGAAGAACAGAUGGAAGUACUUGGUAUCCAUUUCCCUGCCCUUGCCUGUCACUGCGACAGCAUGUAAGAUGGGGCUUUAACUAUCCCUUCUUUUUUUUUCAUCAAGAACUAUUUGAGAUCUGUACUUGUGUUUUCCACCAACAGUUUUGAACUGCUUUAAAAAGCAGUUCAAAACUGUUGUAUUAAUGUGGUUACUGUAAAUUCAGCAUUUACAUUUUGCCCUAUAUUGCUCAUUAUGCCUUUUGACAGGUAAUAGGUUUGUUUGUGAAGGAAGACACCUGAAACACUUUAUUUAAAAAAGUAAGACAUUUAAUAUAUUAAAGAAUCAGAAAAAUCACACAUGCAUGUGGGAACUCAGAGGAUGAGACAGGCCUCUGUCUGUGCACUCUCUCUCCCUCUGAGCCCAUGUUCCUGACUAACCAUAAUGUCUUUAUACUGCCACUUAUCUAAACAUAAAUAAGCUCUGGGGCCUUCGUCAUUCGGUCUUGUCCAAGCUGGUUUUUCAUGACCCUGAUUUCUCUCAUCAGCAGUGGAGUCAGCACAUCUUCUCUCCUGAUGUUUCAAUUUAAUUAGUACAGAGCAAUCUUGUCCAGAUUAAUGACAGAACAUGGUGACGUUGGUGAUGCUUUAAUUGUACGUUCUGUGGCCGAACCUCAAGCUAAGAUGCACUGAGACAGAGAAGUUAGUCAGCACUUUCUGUCUGUUGCUCUCUGUCUAAUGUAUUAUUUAAUUGUUUAUUAUUUGGUUGAUCUACUGCUUAUAAAUUAACUUGCUGGAGUUUAAUUUUAAACAUUUGUCCUUUUUUCAUUGAGUAAAAAAAAAUCCCUAACACUUUGAAAAGCACCAAAGGCUGCAGUUGGUCUGGCUGUCUGAUUGAAGCUUUGGUUGAUGAUAUGAAUAUGACAGUUUUUCUGUGAUUGUUAUUUAUUCUGCCUGAUAACAUGAACUGUGAAGCUACAAAGGACCACAGUGCUUCUAUAUGAAACAGAUGUAUUACCAGUGCACCACAUAAGCCCACACAGACAGCAGCUUUAAUACAUCACCGAGACAGCACAAACAUUCACACCACACAAUCCCCCUGAAAUUUCUACUGAGCAGCCAAAGCUCAGGGUGCACACACUCACUCUGUAAUCUCAGGCAGUAAGGUUCCCACAUGGUACAUAAUACUAUAAUAGUACAGAACUGCCCAUGUCUGUAUAUGAGACACAAUGAAAAAAAAAAAUUGCUGCUUUCUGUUUGAUUUAUUUAAUCAUUUUUGUAACUGUAAGAAAAAUCAUAGAUCUUUAUUCUGCUAAUAAUUUUUUUUUCAUUUAACUGCUUGUAAAAUAAAUAAAUAAAUAAGCUAAAGUAUUUUCCAGGAGAGUGUAGUUAGGAGGUUCAGGUUUCUCUGAUCAGUCAUGGAGCCAGAAUAAUGCCCAAAAAUGACAUUGAAAGAUAAAACCUGAAACUGAAAAAGAAAAAGAAACCUAACAUACAAACAAAAUUCAUUGCCUUAAAUAAAGCAAUUUGUUUCCACUAACUGAUUUCUUUAUGUUGCUGGGGUUUUUCUUUUUUGUAUCCUGCAGACGCUAAUAUAAGCUGUACAGGUUUUUCUUUGUUGUUUCUUGUUAUAAAUUGUAGCUGAACUGGUUUAAAGAAAAUGACUUUCAGCUAGUUUACCCAGCAAACAGUAACUUCAGGGGAAGUUUAUGGACUUUGCUUUGUGCACUGGUGUGCAGUCAUGUUGGAACAAGAAGGGGCCAUCCCCAAACUGUUCCCACAAGGUUGGGAGAACCAAAUUGUCCAAAAUGUCUUGGUAUGCUGAAGCAUUAAGAGCAUGAAGUUUGGAGGUCUGUAGUGAUUGACUCUGCAGAAAUUUGGUGACCUCUGUGCACCGUGAUUAUCUUCACUACUGUGACCUGAAAUCACUUUUAAAAUAUAGUUUCUAAAAUGAUAAAAGUAAUGAAUAUAGCUUUUAAUACUAUAAAAAUAAAUACAAGACCACACAGUACACUUAGUAAAACAAGAAAUUCUAAGUCACGCAAGUGCAAUACCACUGUCUUAAUUUCUAAUAUUUUUUUGACCUGGUCCAGACCUUUAAAUCCAUCCAAUCAACUGAUUUGAAACAUGGAUGGGUCUAAAUGAGUGUGCUGACUAACACCAUUGUCCAGCUUUUAUCAACUGUCAUUGAGUUGUGAGAUAACAGGGAUAUUUUAAGCACUUAUUUGUGUAUGGCAUAUAGGUGAAAUAGGGCGAAUAGGCAAAUAGGGGAACAACUUUAUAUAAUGUCACUGUUAUGGAAAUUGUUCCUAUCUCUUGUGUGAUAAUGAUACAGACUGUAACUGAUAGUUCUGUCAAAUACUAGCUUACUUAUUUCUGCAAAGUUUAUGAUGCUGGUAGGUUUUGUUGAGACUGUCUGAAAUUUGAUAAUAGUGAACUGCUCAAAAUUAAGGGAACGCUCAAUUAUCAGUUAAACUUCAGGGAUGUCAGUCUGUCCGGUUAGAAAGGACAAACCAUUGGAAUCUAUUUCACCUGCUUUGGUACAAAUAAAAGAAACAGAAACAUUGGAUGGGCUACACAACCCUCCAUGAACUAACACCUUAUCGAGGUGGAGGAGUUUGUGUGCCCUAGUGAUCCCAGGAGCUGUGUUAUCAGGGGAGUUUGCCUCUGGUAGGGUCUCAGGCAAAUUGCUCAUAGGCUCAUAGGCCAGACCAAGAGGGAUUCAAAAGACCUCUAUGAUGAAAAAUGCAAAAGUGGACCAAGUUAUCUUGUCCCAGAUCUCAGUUACUGCAGCCCCAACCUGGAGCCAUGCCCAGGGGAGGGGCUUGGAAUGGCUUAACCUACAGUAAAAAAACCACAUGUGCAAGCACUCCAGUGGAUUCACCACCUGCUGGAGGGGUCAUAGAGGUCCAGUGCAGUGUGGAUCAGAUGCCGGUCAAAGGUGAAGGCCUUGGUGGACCGAUCCCAUGUUGCUGAAAUUGGUUUGUUGAGUAUUCUUAAAUUCUACCACUGUAGCUGGAGAGCAGUGGCCAGUCUAUACAGGCACAUAGAGCCCAGAAAUUGUGUUGUUCCUUUGGAUCACUAGUGCACUGCAAAUUAAUAAACUUCAAUUGUUUCAUCAGUAGUUUUUUCCACCAGAUUUGUCAUUGAUUCAAAUAUUGGGUGGCAGAUCAGAAAGUAGGUGUUCUUUGUGUGAUCAUGUUAGUAUAAUGUCGAAUUUAAAGAAUAUAUUUAAUGGCAUUCCAUGUUUUCAUAUAUUCAGUCCAUAUUCUCAGAAUGUAUUCAUGCUGCCCGCCUGCAGAGCCUUCAUUGCCCACAAGCUUUUGUAUUUUAAUUGUGUAUUUUUGAGCAGGGUAAAUUUAGCUGAAUCCCUCAUAAUCCUUAUUAGCGUUAGUUAAAAGUGUGCAUUUUAACUCCAAACCUUAAAUUAUUUUCAGAUUUAUUUUUAUUAAAGUCUAGUCAGCAUUACUACAUAAAUGGUGCCUUGCCUUUCUCUCAUUUACACACACACACUCACGGGACAUUUGUUGUAUAGACUCGUUCCAUAACCUUAACCAUCAUAACUAAAUGCAUAAUUCAAAAUUUUAGCCCAGCCUAAACAUUAAUUUGGCCUUAAACCUAACAGCCAAGACAUAACUUCAUUCAGUUUUUUGGUGAGAAAGUGAGACCCAGUAACACAUCCUUAACCUUUUAUAGGAGAAGUAGCUAUUUUUGGUCAUUUCCACACACUUUAUAUGAAGCAUAUGGUCAUUUUAAUGUUCUAAAAAGUGAUGUUGUAAUGAAUCUGUUGAAAUGUACUAAAAUACAUCUUCCUUUCACCAUAUAUGUCUUUUUUUGUAUUUUUUAUAUUAAAACUUCUUUAUAUUAAAACCUGGACUUUUUUUUUUGUUCACUGAGGAACCAAAUACAGAAACUUCACUGAACGUGAUUUUUGACAUGAAAAUGAAAUAUUUUGAAAAAUGUCACAAAAGUAAUGAGUUCAUAUGUCCUCCAAUAACACUGUAAGGUUGACUUUAGUGACCUAUAAAGGGUUAAAAUUCACAUUAAACUGUGAGGCACUCCCCAUGCAUGUAAGUCACAUUAAAAGUAAUUAAAGGUUUCUGUCCUUCUGUGUUGUGUGUAACUGCUGCAUAUUGAGGUGGAAGCUAAACUGCACUAAAGCUGAACACCUCAGGAGCUUCCAGCCUCCCGGGACUCAUGCAAAACCACUGAAGGGGCUUGAAAAUGGGGCCUUGAGGAUGAUGCCAAUCAGCAUGACUGUUCUCUUCUUCCAAGACCUUUGCUGCGACCCCACCUGCUGUCUUCUCUCUUUCAUACCUGAGAAUGACAGCCGACUCUUGUGUUGAGCUUCUUUGUGAAAUCAGUUAAAUGUAGAGUCCACAAAUAAAAUCCCCUACACUUUGUCAAAUUCCUCACAGUCCUCGAGCUCUACGUCAAAUGUGUGCACUGUUUGUACUCAGUCCUGGAGCUGUCAGUAAGAAACAAAUAUGGUGACCCAUUCUGCCCUUUGAUACAGACUCUGUUC